GUGAUGGAGCUAACGAUGUCUCGAUGAUUCAGGCAGCGGACGUCGGCAUUGGAAUUUCUGGUCAAGAAGGGAUGCAGGCUGUAAUGGCCUCGGAUUUUGCCAUGUCGAGAUUCAAAUUUUUGGAGACAUUUCUGUUGGUUCAUGGCCAUUGGAGUUAUGAUCGUCUGGCUAAUAUGAGCUACAACGAUUCGGACAUUGGCAUAUGGGAAUUUGGUAUGUCGGUAGUCACGACGUGUAUGUUUGCCAUGGUGCUACAGGGUUGUUUAGAAACAGAUCUUGGUCAGAGAAAUGGGUGUCGAGGGGAAUGCACCUUCCAUGUGAUUCGCAGUUGGGGAAGCAAAUUCGAGGGAAUGCGAGGGAACCUUUUUUUUCAUGUUCUUGACGAUGAUUGUUUUCUUCCCCUCAGGUUUGUAUUUAUUAGCAUAAAAAAUUCACUAGUGCCGAAUGAUGUCCUCAAAACUGUGAUCAAUAGUCAAAAAGCUACCCGUCGCAAGGAGAACUUUUUGGUUUCCUGGUCGCGCUCUACUUCCGCGUCGUCCAUUUACAG